CCAUGUUCAUCUUUAAUUUGUCAUCAGUUUCACAGACAGAAAAAGUGUUACGUGCGGAGGUACAUUUACAUAAACGAAAAUCAAAACCUUGGCACAGACGUACGGACGUGGAGGUGUCGUUGUUCGAGGUGGCGCCACAUUACAUGAGCGAGAUCGGGAAGAUAACUCUGCCGCACGCCUCGCACGGCUGGCAGUGGUACUCCGUGACGAACGCCGUGCUCAGCUGCGUGGCCACGGGCCGCUUUCACCCUCAUCUUUUGGCCUUGACCUUCAAGGCCGAGAAGGCAGACGGCAAGGUGAAGACGGUGGCGCUGAAGAAGUUCGUGCGCCACCACUCGAUGCCGUUUCUCAUAGUGUAUUCCAACGAGACGGAGAACGUGAAUCUGGAUCAGCUGGACAAACUGGCCGAGAAAAUCAAACUACAGAACCUGGCGAAGCAGACGACAGACUCGCCAGACAGUUCUUCAGACAACAGUCUCGUCACGAGCAGGAGCGACAGUGAAAGGAGGAGGAAGAGGACCAAAGAACAUUCGCUGCGGUCUAAGAGAUCCAUCUUCACGAACGAGAUUCCGGAGGACCCGGCGGAUUACGACCGAUUUCACUACAGGUUCAACAUUCCACAGACACAUCCGGGCAUUUUACAGGCGAGAAAGGAAUCGAGGACUAAGAUCUCGGAUAUACAACUGAUUCCUUAUCCGGCGGAAAAGAGAAAACGGAAGCGGAAGCACCGCCGCCGGAACCGGAAGAAAGGUCGCAAGAGCAGCAAGCGCCUCAAGUUUCCCGACGAGUGGGACGAUGUUCGUGAGAACCUGGCCACGCUAAACAACAAUCCCAGUGAUCUGUGCGCUAAAAGAAAACUCGUUGUUGAUUUUGCUGAUAUUGGCUGGGGAGAAUGGAUAAUUUCACCGAAGUCGUUCGAAGCCCACUUCUGCGCGGGAAGUUGCCCAUUUCCUUUGACAAAGCGUCUUCGUCCGUCGAACCACGCCACCAUCCAGAGCAUCGUGCAUGCCAUCGGCAUCUACUCCAACGUCCCCGCGCCGUGCUGCAUCCCUGACGUGAUGUCGUCGGUGACGCUGCUUUACUUCGACGAGGACAGGAACGUCGUCCUCAAGAACUACCCCGGAAUGACGGUACAGACGUGCGCGUGUCGCUAACAGUCGACACACACCGGGUGCACGUGACACCCAAAACAUACCUGAAACGAAAACGAGGCUAUCGUGUUGUGCCAAAAAAAUUCGCAAAAUACAAUAUGCCAUUCUGGAUGAACAGGGAAAAAAAAGAAGAUAUCCAAACAAACAAAAAAGGAAAAUAACAACGUCGAUUCCCAAACCAGUGUUUUACCAUGGAUGCAGAAAACUGGUAUUAAGAGAUUGUGGGUUUUAUCGUAUGACGUAAUAAAGGUGUGACGUAAUAACGUAAUAUGGUGUUUGCUUAUGACGAUACAAAAUUCAACAUUCGAUGGAGUAGAGAGAUCUUCGUGAGCCAGUGUCGGAUGAUAUGAACAUUUUAGUAGUUAAUAUAUGAAGACGAACUGAAAUUGUUUAACGGUUUAGGUUUGGUAUCUAUGUCAUGUUUAAAUGGUGAAAUCCCCGCGCGGUAAAUGUCUAACAAUCAGUAUGACGUCACAUUUACCGAUAAUGGACAAGCAGCAUUCUUUGACGUCGAAUAAUGCCAUACCAACAGGUGGCGAUAUAUGGCAAUACAAGGAGUUAAUAAUCAAUGGGGUUUUUUUAUUUUUUAUUUAUUUAUAUUUUUUUUUUGUUCUUUUUUUUUUUUGGAGGGGCGGGGAGGUGUGUGGGUUUUUAUAGAUAUUUUGUUUUGAGGAGGGGUGGUGGGUUUGUGUUGGGUUUUUUUCCAAAUAAAAUAUUGUGCAUUAAAUCCUAUAUAUGGUGCACACAUCCAUUAUGCUACUUAACACUUAAAAUGAAUAAGCACGAAAGCUGGUAAACGUGCUAUUUGUUUUUUAUAACAUAAGAUCUCACUACACAAUUCACUUAUGGAUAAAAAUUCAUUCAUAGCGGUCAACGAUAGUUCCAAACUGUGGCACAUGUUGUGGUUCACAUAUUCACUUUUAGUUCAGUUGAAUCGGUUCCUGCACCACCUGUACGGACAUACUGGGUCGUAAAGCAACACAUAGAGACGUAAAGUAAGGAGUGGAAAUAUAUGCAGAUAUAAUAUAUCUUCCCAUUGAUAUAUGUCGCUAGUGCCAUCGAGAUGCCAUUCUAUUAGCAAUUUACAAUUGGAGUUGAGCAAUUUAAUAGUGAUUGCAUUAGCAGAUGAACUGUGUAGUGAAAAUCUAAGCGUGUAGUGAAGAUCUAAGCUGUAUAUCGCCACCCCGUUCGAUCACCAUCAGGAUAUAUAUUAUAAAAAAGUGUGUUACUCUCACAUGCCGUUGAUUAACGACACACGAGGAACUUGCGUGUAGUUAGUAGUACCAAGUAGUAUAGUUUAUUAAACGUUUGUGGUGAAUAAUAUUCAAAUAAUUUAUGCAGUGUAUACCUCAUUAUUUGUUUACAGUACGGCAUAAUUCCUACUUGUAUUGAAUGUUAGAAAACUGAAUAGAGUGGUUUGAAAACACUAAACAUCUGUUUAUAUAAGUGAUUGGUUAUAUCGAUCGUGUACAAAAAAGAUGUAUUUAAACAACUAUUAAGUUGUAUAUGUAGUGUUUGUAUAUAUAGAUCACGUUAGAUAAUCAUAUGGUAUAGGUGACGUACACCAAUUACGUAAUAAUGUAUGUCACGUGUUGUGUGCUGAUGACGUAAUGACGAUUGUAACGUAAUGCUUUACGUAAUGCUGUAGGUUUUCUUUGCGUGACAAAAUUGACAAAGAACGCAUGUUUUAAAAAAUCAACAACAAAAAAUUGGGAGUCAGCUCUAGGGCAAAACGAUAAACUGGUUAAAAUGGCACCCGUUUUAUGUACAUAUGUCUGUCUGUCUGUCCGUGGUGUGCGGUUUGUAUACGGGUGUUGUUUGUUCGAGACAGUGAUCAUAAAAACCUGUCGCAGAUCUACCUCUAUUUCGUCCAUUAUGUGGAUAUAGUUUUGUUCAUCGUGUGGAUAUAGUUUGUCCAUAUCAUGGAUGUAGUUUUGUCUAUCACGUGGAUAUACUUUUGUCCAUUACGUGGAAAUGUUGUUGUCCAUCGUGUGGAUAUAGUUUUGUCUAUUACGCGGAUAUAGUUUUAUCCAUCGCAUGGAUAUAGAUUUGUCCAUCACGUGGAAAUGAUUUUGUCUAUCGCGUGGAUAUUGUUUAAUCUUUCACAUGGAUAUACUUUUGUUCAUCACAUGAAUAUAGUUUUGUUUAACACGUGAAUAUAAUCAUGUCCAUUGCCUGGAUGAUAUUCUGUCCAUCGUGUGGAUAUAGUUUUGUCCAUAACGUGGAUAUAGUUUUAUCUGUCACGUGAAUAUAACGAUGUUCAUUGUGUGGAUAUAGUUUUGUCCAUAACGUGGAUAUAGUUUCGCCUAAAACGUGGAUACAUUUUGAGCCAGUACUUAAACCGUGUAUACGUUGAAAAGACAAAUCGACAUGUCAACAUCUCUCUUCCAUUCACACAAAUGUUUAAAAAAUGUUUUGCUCAGUUUAACGUAUUUUCAUAUGUACGUUUUACUAAGACAAGAAGACUAUAUUCUGGCGAUGGGCAUUUGUGAAAAAAAUAUCUAUUAUAAUUAUAUAUAAAUUGUGAUUGUUUAUUUGUUUUUGUUUGCUCUUAUUUUACGGUCUGCUGUCAUUUCUUUAGAGCAGUGAUAUGAAUAGGCAAAUACGUAGAAUAUUAUUGUUAAUAUUAUUAUUUAUUUUCAUUUAUAAUUAAAAUG